UGCGGUCCGCCUGUUGCCUUGGCAACCUCUGACCUGGGCCUGCCUCAUCCCUGGGCCUGGGUGGCAUGUGGGACAGGAAGGGCUGCUUCCUCCCAGCGACUCAGGGGCUCCAGCUGCCCAGGGGACUGGCCGCCAGCACCUCCCAGCUGCCUGCCGCCAGAGCUGCUGCCCUGGCCCUGGGGGUGUCCCUCCAGGAACCAAGAGGCCUCUUUUUGGAAGGCCCGUUGUGGAAGGGGACUUCGGCCAUGGAGACCUGUAACCGCCGUGGGGCCAACCCAGCCCGGCCGACGCCGAGCCCCGCCAAGAGCGGGCUGCUGGACCUGACGGAGACCGGCAAGGCCCUGAAGGUGCAGGCGGAGAAGCCCCACCUGGUGAGCCUGGGCAGUGGGCGGUUGAGCACGGCCAUCACCCUCUUGCCUCUGGAAGAGGGCAAGACGGUGCUGGGCUCAGCCAGUGGGGAUGUUCUGCUGCAGGGCCCUGGGGUGGCCGCCAGGCAUUGCUUCAUUGAGAACAUUCAGGGGACCCUCACACUGCACCCCUGCGGCAACCCAUGUGCCAUUGACGGGCUGGCCAUUACCCGCCCCACUCGCCUUUCUCAAGGGUGCAUGAUCUGCAUUGGCCAGUCGACGUUCCUUCGAUUCAAUCAUCCGGCUGAGGCCAAGUGGAUGAAGAGCAUGAUUCCUGCCGGGGGUCGAAGUCCUUCAGCCCAAUAUGGGCUUGCAGCAGAGCCCCCCAGCCUGCUGAAUGGCAAUCGGGAGGAGCCCCAGCCUUCCCGGCAGAACCACCGCAUCUUGGUCAGCUCCAUUGAGCGGGACUUGCAAGACAUCAUGGACUCCCUGGUCCUGGAGGAGGACGGCCGGCCCCCUAAGCCGCCCCCUGGCACGGCUCAGUCACCAGACCUCUCUGUGGUGAACGGCGGCAGGAAGGGCAGCAACCGUCACCUGCUCUCCCCACCCCAGAGUCCUGGUGCCAUGUCUGUGGGAUCCAGCUACGAGAACACCUCCCCGCCGUUCUCGCCCCUCUCCUCGCCGGCCAGCAGCAGCAGCGGCACGAGCCCCUCACCAGGUAGCCACGAGCAGGGCCCUCCCCUCCCACCGGUGGUCCCCGUUCGCUCCUCCAGUUUCAACCAUACGAUGCUGGCCUCGCCUGGCACGCCUGGCCUGGAUCUCUUGAGUGGCCCCGGCAGUUCAGGCCCAGCCCGAGGACCUGGGAGCCCCCGGACAGCACCAAGAGCCAUGCCUGAAGGCCUUCGAAGCCCGACUCUGGCUCGCAGGGCUCGGCCUUCCGGGGAAAGCCCCCGCCCGGCCCAGCAGAGCUCCCUGCGGCCCCUUGGAUCGAGUGAGGCGUCUCGGGCCCGGCUGCCCAACAGUCCGCCGUUCGGCCCCAAGUCCCAGCUGCCCUCUGCCUCACGGACCAAGGCGGCCCCCACCCUGCAAGAAAGGCCCCCCAGCCCCUUCUUCGAGGGCCGGGAGAGGCCGCCCAGCUCAGCCCGCCACGGCCCGCCGGGGAAGGCCCACCAGGCCACAGAGAGCACGCACAGCGGCCAUUGGGCUCGGCCUUUGCCGGCCCCCGAGAGCCCCCGGCUCAGCCGGAGAUCGCUGGAGAGCAUGCGGGACCUUCCCCCCAUCAGCCCAGCCCUGUCCCGCCGGGCGGCCUCCCCGGCCACCCUCAGCAGCCCCUCCUUGCCAGCCAGAGCCAGUGAGAGCGCUGCUGGGGCCUGGCGACGAGAGGCCCUCGAGGCGUCUCUCCCCCCGGCCCCCCCGGCCACCUCUUUCGCCCUGCGGGGACGCAGCCCUUCGCCCACUCUGCUCCUCGGCGGAGAGCACCCCCAGCCAAAGGCGGGCAGCUUUGGGACUGGCUUGAGCCCGGCGGCCAGCCUGGGCUCCUUGGCCGUGCCCUCGGCCUCGCCCCGCCAGAGCCCGCUCGGGCGCCGCAAGUUCUCCGGAGAGACCCCGCUGCCGGGACCCCCACGGGAGCGCAAGCACAGCAUCUCGGAGCUAAGCAACCAGGAAGGAGACCUGCUCGAAUACCAUCGCUGGCAGCGCCAGGAGCGCCUCCGGGAGCAAGAGAUGGAGCGGCUGGAGCGCCAGCGGCUGGAGACCAUCCUCAACCUGUGUGCUGAGUACACGCGUAGCGAUAGUGAUGCCGGCCGGGACCACUGCCCCUUCCCGAGUGGGGCCGAGACCCCCACCCAGCCUGGGAGGAGGCCAUCCAAGGGGUCGGCCAGUCUUGGGGAGGCCAAGGAGCGACUUGUGAGGUCCCGGGGGCUGCACGAAAGAGAGGGGCCGGAGGAGGACCACCUGAAAGAGGAAGAGAGCAGCAGCACCGAGAGUGCGGGCCAUGAGCACGAUGAGCCGCCCGGGACGAGAGGUGCUCCGGAGGCAGCCUUGCUGGAGGAGGAGCGUGCCCGCACCCUGGCCACCAUUGACCAGCUCAAGAGCCGUGCCAAGGAGCUGGAACAGCAGCUGCAGGAGACAGCCCGGGAGGCGGAGAUGGAGCGGGCCCUCCUGCAGGGGGAGCGAGAGGCUGAGCUGACCCAGCUGCAGCAAGAGCAGGAAGUGGCUCAGCGCCUGCAGGAACGGCUCUCCAGCCUGGACGCCGCCAUCCAUCGGGACCGAGACAAGGAAGCCGAGGCCCUGGAGGCCGAGAGCAAGCUCUUCGAGGACCUGGAGUUUCAGCAGCUGGAGAAGGAGAGCCGGGCGGAGGAGGAGCAGGAGCUGAGCCCUGUAGACAUGCCUCCACCUUCCUCCUCCUCCUCCUCCUCCUCCUCCUUCCCCCAGGAGCGCGUGGCGGCACUGGAAAGCCAGGCCAACCAGAUCCGACUGCAGGCGGCUCAGGAGGCCGAGCGACUCAGUCAGGAGAAGAGCGCCACAUUGCAGCUGCUGCAGAAGGAGAAAGAGGCACUCCUGGCCUUGGAGAGGCAGUAUCGCACGCUGACGGGGGGCUCCGGCUUCCCCAAGACCCCAGCAGGGGCCCUUCGAGAGGUGUAUCGUUGCAAGGGGGGCAGCAUCCCUGGGACGCUGGCACAGACCAAGGGGGUCACCUCCUCCUCCUCCUCCUCCCAGCUCAGCAUCGCCAACCUCAGGCGCAGCCCCUCCCCCAAGAACACCCUGCCCCCCCAGAAUGGCACCGGCAGCCUUCCGCGGAACCUGGCCAGCACCCUGCGCGACAUUGAGGGCAAGCGCCAGCUGGCCCUCCAGCAAAAGGGGCGCCAGGUGAUUGAGGAGCAGCGCCGGCGGCUGGCCGACCUGAAGCAGAAGGCGGCGGCUGAGGCCCAGUCCCAGUGGGAGGCCCUGCGCGGGGGGGCAGUGCCCCUCUUCCCCCCCUCCUCCUCCCCACUCAUGCACCACUCCAUCCUCCAUCAUCAUCACCCACCCCGGGGCCCAGGCCUGCGUGCCGAGGAGCCCGAUCACGCCUACGACACCCUCAGCCUGGAGAGCUCCGACAGCCUUGAGACCGACCUCUCCACCAGUGGAAACUCUGCCUGCUCCCCGGACAACGUGUCCAGCGCCAGUGGGGCCGAGGCCGGGAAGAUUGAGGAGAUGGAGAAGAUGCUGAAGGAGGCCCACGCUGAAAAAUCACGCCUGAUGGAAUCACGGGAGCAAGAGAUGGAGCUACGGCGCCAAGCCCUGGAGGACGAGCGGCGGCGGAGGGAGGAGCUGGAGAGGCAGCUGCAGGACGAGACAGCCCGGAGGCAGAAGCUCAUCGAGAAGGAGGUCAAGAUGCGGGAGAAGCAGUUUGCCCAGGCACGCCCCCUGACCCGCUACUUGCCGAUCCGCAAGGAGGACUUUGACCUCCGCUCACACAUCGAGUCCUCUGGCCACAGCGUGGACACCUGCAGCCACGUCAUCCUUUCAGAGAAAAUGUGCAAAGGCUACCUGGUCAAGAUGGGGGGCAAGAUUAAGUCCUGGAAGAAGCGCUGGUUUGUCUUUGACCGCCUGCGCCGGACCCUCUCCUACUACGUGGACAAACACGAAACCAAGCUCAAGGGCCUCAUCUACUUCCAGGCCAUUGAAGAGGUUUAUUACGACCACCUCAGGAGUGCAGCCAAGAGUCCCAACCCAGCCCUCACCUUCUGCGUGAAGACCCAUGACCGCCUCUACUACAUGGUGGCCCCCUCAGCAGAAGCCAUGCGCAUCUGGAUGGACGUCAUUGUCACAGGGGCCGAGGGAUACACACAGUUCCUCAGCUGAUGAAGGGGAGCCCAUGAUGGGGAACCUCGGACUGCCUGCCUCUCCGUCUAGAGGAGGAGAAAGAAAGAAAGAAGAACGGAGGCUGCCCGCAGCCCAGCCCUGCUGCCCCGGGUCGUGGGGUCUCUAAUUUUUCAGAGUCUGACGCCCUUUCCACUUCCACUGCAAUGCCUCUAUGGACUCACGGGGCUGGCACACAACCGAUGGGAACCUCUUGGUGGGCUUCUGCUCCGUUGGUGUGACCCACUGGGGCGAAGAGGAGGGUGGCAGCAGGGCAGCCGGACGACAGACCCAGCAAUGCCAGGACUCCAGCACUCUGUGGGGAAACGCAGGGGUCCCUCGUCUGCCCUAGACUCAGUCUCUGUCAUGGAAAGCUGGACCUUCCUCCUGCUCCCUGCCUCUUGGCUUCUCCUGGGACUGAGCACCACCACAGAGAGCGGGCUGGCCCAAGCGAGGGAGUGUAGAGACUGCAUCCGGUCCAAGCCACCAUGUGCCUUGGCGGGCAGGGGAGAGUCUUAUCACCCCCUCCCUGCAUUUCCACUGCUAAGUGCUGCAUGCCCUGUAAGGGCACCACUUGCUAUUCUGCCUCCAGUGGGCACAUGCUAGCAGCCCCUAAGGAAGGUGGGACAGUGCUAGCUCCACCUAGCCAUUAUCCUACUUUAGGUCAGAGCAGAGGGAGUUUUUUAGCUCCAUGCCGGAUUUCCAGGUUCACUUUUAUAUGUUGUUUUGAAAAAGAAAAAGGAGAAAGACUGUCUCUCUCCCCCUGCCUGCCCCCCACCCCCCCGCAGGGCUCAGGCAGACGUCGCUGCUCCUGACUUGGAGGGGGAGAGGAAUAAAGCCUUUUACCUCAA